AUGGGGAGGUCACCCUCCAUCAUCCAGGAGAUGAUGCUGGUCAAGUGCGCCAGCAGGUGUGGCAGAGGGCGGCCCAUGAGCCAGAAUGUGCGCAUCGACCCCAGUAGCCUGUCCUUCAACAUGUGGAAGGAGAUCCCCGUGCCCUUCUACCUGUCCAUCUACUUCUUCGACAUUGUCAACCCUGACGCCAUCCUCCUGGGGGAGAAGCCGCAGGUGCAGGAGCGCGGACCCUACGUGUACAGGGAAUUCAGGCACAAGAGCAACAUCACCUUCAAUGACAAUGACACAGUGUCAUUCCUCGAGUAUCGCAGCUUCCAGUUCCAGCCUGACAAGUCCCAUGGCCUAGAGAGCGACUAUAUCGUCAUGCCCAACAUCCUGGUCUUGGCUGCAGCGAUGAUGAUGGAAAAUAAGCCCAUGAGCCUGAAGCUGAUCAUGACCUUGGCAUUCAGCACACUCGGGGAGCGUGCCUUCAUGAACCGCACUGUAGGCGAGAUCAUGUGGGGUUACGAGGACCCCCUCAUACACCUCAUCAACAAGUACCUCCCAAACAUGUUUCCAUUCAAGGGCAAGUUUGGGCUAUUUGCAGAGCUGAACAACUCCGAUUCUGGGCUCUUCACCGUGUUCACGGGGGUCAAAGACUUCAGCAGGAUCCACCUCGUGAACAAGUGGAACGGACUCAGCAAG